AUGGCAGAUCUCAACACGCCCGACUCUGUUCCUGCGACGCCUGACGGCACGUACGAUGGCCCGGACGGUCUCGACAGCCCCGCAUCCCCAGGCUCGGUCAAUUCCUCAGAAGCCAGCACGCCUCUCGAGGGUCCCGUCGACUCCCCUCCUGACAAUAUUCGGAGGCUCCCCUCCCUUCGCACCGUCUCCGACCCUCCCAACAUGACCGCCUCCUCCACACCCCUCGGCUUCUUGGGCGACGCUCGUCGCCCCCGGCCAGCCGCUGCCUCCAUGAUGGGCGGUGGUGUUCAGAAUGAUAUCAUGGCGAGGGCACGAGCGCUGCAUCUGCAACGAAUGAACAAGCCCGUCACCCCGAACGCACCUCCCAGCACGCCGGCUUCCCCCGCUGGCCAGUCGCCCGGCGGCAUGCUGCCUGGCGGCGUUCCGAGGCUCCCAGGUGGCAUACCCAUGAUGCGCCCAACACCGGGCCCUCUGCCUCACUCUGCCCCCGCCAUCCCUACCAAGGCGUCCGGAGGACGGAAGAAGCCGGGCUUGACGCUGUCAGCCAUGGGAGGAGGUCCUCCUACCCCCGCACCCGGCGCCGGCGGUGCACCAAACGGCAAUGCCAAUGCGAACGGGAACGGCAACAGCUUUGGUUCCAAGAUGGACGACUUUAAAAAGUAUAUUGACUCCGAAAAGGGCUGGAUCACGUUUGACGGCGCCGCCACAAUCACGCGAACUGGGGUCAACUUCGCCAAUGGCCAGACUUUCCGCAUAUCCCUCGAUGAGGUGGAGGUGCUUGACGAACUCGGCAAGGGCAAUUAUGGCACAGUGUAUAAAGUGAAGCACACAAAGCCGAGAAAACCGCGGUUUGGCGCAGGUCUGAGCGGUGUCAAAAGCCUUGAUCACUCCGUUUCGGACCCUACGCCUCUGGCGAAGAGCGACGACACCGUCGACCCCCAGCAGACUACGCCCACAGCCAAGGAAGAUGGCACGACUGGUGUUAUCAUGGCCAUGAAGGAGAUGAGGUUAGAGCUCGAGGAGGCCAAGUUUACGACGAUUCUUCGCGAGCUUGUGAUUCUGCACAAGUGCGUCUCACCCUACAUCAUCGACUUCUACGGGGCCUUCUUCCAAGAGGGUGCGGUCUAUCUCUGCAUCGAGUUCAUGGAUGGUGGUUCCAUCGAUAAGCUCUACACCGGUGGCGUCCCUGAGAACGUGCUUCGCAAGAUCACAUAUUCGACUGUCCAGGGUCUCAAGACGCUGAAAGAUGACCACAACAUCAUCCACCGCGAUGUCAAGCCCACCAACAUUCUCGUCAACACGCGAGGCCAGGUCAAGGUCUGCGAUUUCGGCGUCAGCGGCAACCUCGUCGCAAGCAUGGCCAAGACCAAUAUUGGCUGCCAGAGCUACAUGGCACCCGAGAGAUAUCGGGCGGUGGCAUGGCUACGGGCGCAGACGGCAGCUACAGCGUGCAGAGCGACAUUUGGAGCUUGGGUCUCACCAUUAUCGAGUGCGCCAUGGGCCAGUAUCCCUACCCACCGGAGGUGCUUCGACAAUCUUCAGCCAGCUGAGCGUGACCCACCUGACCUGCCGGAGAGUUUUUCCAGCACAGCCCGCGACUUUGUGAAGCGCUGUCUGAACAAGGUGCCCAAGGACCGUCCCACGUAUGCCAUGCUUCUCCAGCACCCCUGGCUCGCACCUCUUUCCAAGCCAGAGACGAUCGCCGAAGAGGCCGAGGAGGGCGACGAAGCCGACGCCAUCGCCGAUGCCGUCGGCAACAUGAACCUGACAUCCUCCACGGAUGACGAGGAGGUCGCCGACUGGGUCAAGGGCGUCCUGGAGAAAAAGAGGCUAGGCAAGCUGGGCGCGGGCUCACUGAAGCCGGCUCUCCACGCGGCGCCGCUCGGUGUCAGUCCCGUCGGCAGCCCGCUGGCCUAG